GGUAAGCGGUCGGGCAGAGAAAAUGAAGUUAUAAGACGUAAAGGAAGCGUUGUGGUUGUGUUUGCUGUAGACUCAGGAGUCACGUAGAGCAGCCAGGAGAUUGUCGUCCAACAUAUGUGACUAUCAUGGAUUGAUUGCAUCUGCGUCUUGACUCCCAACAUCAAAUCCUUGUAUCCAGUGGAAGUGACGCUUCAUGGGUCAAGCAGCCUGCUGAUGGAAAGAAGUGCUAAGCUUUAGGUGACUGCAUGGAAAGAGCUGUAAGAAGAUGGAGGACGUGGAAACGUACGGAGAGCAGCGUCAGUUUGAUUGACGACACCGCAGUGGAGUAAUCUUUCUGUUCGGGGACAUCUGGAGAAUCUUUGUUUGCCGAGGAUCCAAUCUUGAGUUCCUGUUGACCUUUCUUCACGUCUCUCCUUUAGAGCGAGCAGGUGUUAAACGCCGGCUCCCCCCCCCUCCUCCUCCUCGACCGUACACGGAGACACACAAGCUCCUCUCUUCCUGAGAGGUUGCUAUGGCAAUGGUUGUCAUGAUGCCUGAUGUAGCGUCCUGAAGGUAGUAGUUGUGGAGGUAGUGGUGGAGCUGGAGGAGGUGGCGGCGGAGGUGAACGUCCAGGGAUGGGAAGUGCUCCGUAUCCAGCUGGAGAGUGGAAGGGGAAGGGGCGAGGCGGCCUGCAAGAGCUGGGCUGCAUGCGCUGGAAGGUCAGCAAGCAGAAAGGUGGAGGAGGAGGAGAGGUGGUGGCGGUGGGAGCAGAGGAGAGGCGGUGCAGGGAUCCCACAGACUCUCAGCAGCAGCAGGAUCUCUCAUCCUCCUCUUCCUCACUCACCGCCCCCAUGCCUCCUCAACCCUCUCUGACACCUCUGGCCAUUUAUCACGAGAAGCAGCGGAGGGAGCUGUGCGCCCUGCACGCGCUCAAUAACGUCUUCCAGGACGGGACGGCCUUCAGCAGGGACACCUUGCAGGAGAUCUACCAGAGGCUCUCUCCCAGCACUCUGGUGACACCUCACAAGAAGAGCAUGCUGGGAAAUGGGAACUACGACGUAAACGUCAUUAUGGCAGCGCUGCAGACCCGAGGUUUUGAGGCCGUUUGGUGGGAUAAGAGAAGGGAUGUAGGCAGCAUCGAGUUGUCCAACGUGACGGGAUUCAUUCUGAACGUGCCGUCCAACCUGCGCUGGGGGCCUCUCCGGCUGCCGCUCAAACGGCAGCACUGGAUAGGAGUCCGAGAGGUGGGGGGGGUCUACUACAACCUGGACUCCAAGCUGCGCUGCCCGCAACACAUCGGCAACCCGGAUGAGCUCAGGAAGUUUCUCCGCCAGCAGCUGCGAGGGAAGAACUGCGAGCUCCUGUUGGUCGUCUCCGAGGAAGUGGAGGCACACCAAACAUGGCGGAGUGACGGCUAAAGGUCGAACCAGCCGAUCGCAGCUCCAGCCGGUCCAACGGGCCAAUCGCAGAACAAACGGGACAGGAAGUAAAGUCGUGCACGGUCAAUCACGUGGAAGCACACUCGCAGAUGUAUUUCCCCCUUUCUUUGGGUUUUGUUUACACGGCCAUUGCUGGACUCUUUAUCUGGAUGCAAAGCAAUGAAGGAAGCAAACACUUUACAGGGAGAAUCAAAGAAUCACAACACAGUUAUUACUAUUCUGUUUCUGCUAUUCUUGUGUUUUUAUAUAUAUAUAUGGACUAUCUUUCUUUUUACUGGUCAAGUUUCCAAAUUCAUGGGAGUUCAGGCUUUAUGGAAGAUGCAGUUCUUCUGCCGUCUCCCUCGGCGAUCCUCCCUGCUUCGAUCAUGAUGUUCACUGACGUGUCUUCGUGUUUCUGUCCGUGUCCCCCGUCCUUCACUUUCACCAAAGCGUGCCCUUUGUUGCCUCAGUGUGACUCCAUCUCACUCCUCCUCUCGACCCCUUUUGUUCCCAUCAUAUCACCGUUAGAAAUGAGUGAUUUAUCACGUUGCCAAAUUUGUAUUUCAUCCACUUCCGGCACAGUCUGAGCCUGCACUGUACCGAGGACAGUUUUAUAUGCAACAAAGCAAUGCAACAGUCAGGCCAAGCACUCCCUCUGCUGGAUGUGUGCCUCCGUUUCCUUUCAAGGAAGAAGUAACGGCAUCGUUCAUCCAGCUUCUUGUGAUUGUUCUCAUUCAAACGGUUAUUUUACAAUAGUGAGAAGUGCAGGAAAUAACGAUACUAACGAUUAUUCCCUCUAAUUAGAGUUCUUCUGUGUCAUGAUGUAAUGUAUAUCAGCUGAUUACAGAAGUGUUGCGCAGUUACAGGCAGCAUGACGGUUCAUUUCUGACAACAAGCAGCUGAAUCUCAACUCGAGGUCUCUUUAAAAGCUUGUUCUUGAGCUUUCGACCUCAUCACAUGUUCUUCAUCAGCAGCCAUGGACAUGUAGAUGUUCAAACUUCCCUGUUGCACCAAAUCAUUCAGUGUUUGUUGCUUCUUGGUUUUCACUUAGUGAUGACAAAACAGAUUUCUCACGGAAUUGUUCAAACAUAUCAAAGUAAGCAGAAGUGCAUCACGAAGAAGCAACACGAUUAAAUUAAGAAUAUUAUUUAAGAAGAAUAAAUGAAUACAAACGGUUAAUUCAUUGGAAACAAUUUCUAACAAUAGUUUUAAAUCAUUUUCAAAAAAUAUUCUGGUUUAUUUUUCUGUUACAAAAUAAAACAACAUUUGAAGAUCUCAGGGAAGUGACGGACAUUUAUCACAAUUGUCUGACAUUUUAUUGAAUUGGCAGAAUAAUCGAUAAAGUAAACUGAAUCUGCAGAGGAGGACUGUAUGAUGAAGUCAAAAGCUCCUGGAAAAGUAAGAGAAUCAAGUUAAAGAGUAUUUGUUAUUGUCAUUGAUUAUAAAGAAAUGUUUUAUUUGUGCAUAUCGCUCACUCUUGCUCAAAGAGCCACGAUCACUUCUUGCACCGCACCGACGAUACUUAUUGUUUUAUUUGACUUUCCUUCGGUCGACACCACAGCAGCUCUCUGUAGCACCGGAGCUGAUGCAGACCCGACUCUUAAGCGUCUAACAAACCGCUCUGAGGACGCCACAGAUCGUCCCACUAAGUCAUGAACGGUCAGCGGGAGUCUCGAACGUGUGAGGGUGAAGUUGUCAGUUUGAGAAGGAGAUCGAGCGCCGUGUGCCUAGGGAGAGAGAAAUGUAGAAAAAGAAAAGUUUAUAGUCUGGCUAAGUGAGCACAUGUGCAGCCAGACGUGUGUCAUUGUGUAAAAUGAGCCUUACGAGAGAUUCCUCUGUUUGUAGCUUUCAAAUCUAUCCGCUUAGGAGAAACUGCUGAUGCUAAAGGUAUCGUCUCCUAACGACCAAUAUGGGCCUUAACUUGUUUACAUUUCAAACUAUUUGUUGCUCUGAAAGAUUAAGACUGACUGUGCAGUUUGAUGCCACGUCAGGAGAUUUAUUCCAAAGCACCAAUUUAUCGUUAAAAUAGAGAAACCGCUCAUCAAAUAUAAUGUUCUCACAUCUGCAGCCAAGGGCUUUGUGUUAUUUACAAGUGUUGGAAGUAGUAUGACAGGAUCACGUCUUACUUUGACACUCUUCAGUUCAAGCCCAGUCUGGACCUUUUUAAAGUCGUCUUAUAUCCAAGUGAGAGACGACCCAAUCACAUCAUGUCACACGAUCGCAUUCAACAUGUGCUUUUCUUUUUUGCCAUGACAAUCCUUUCAGCCCUUCCUACUUAAGGAAUCCUGAUUGUCACUGUAUUUUUUUAAUUUUAUUAUUUUUUGCAUAGAAAUAAAAUGCUUAUAAUGGCACUUUAUGUAUAA